AGAAAGAAAUGUUUAUUGUUUACACUUAAUAGCAUACAAAUUACAAUAUAUUAUAGAUAAUAAUAAUCUGAUAAAAUAUUUAGCAAAUGUUUCCGUCACUUGUGAUUUAUUGUUAAUAUAUUGUGAUAAUCUGUAGUCUGUAGGUUCAAAAUAAUAAAUAUUAAGAAAUAAAGUAUUAACUGAAAGGACAUGUAAAUACUCGCUAGAGUAAGUGUUCUGUUUGGUUUUGUGUGUAAACUGUAAACAUGUCUACAAAACAGAAAAAUAUUUUCACGCGCACUAAACCCUUACUAAAUAUAUAUAGUGGUAUUGAUAAUCAAGGAAAAGAGGUUGAAGUUAGAGAAGAUGCUGAGCAGCUGGUAAAAUGGCACGAUAUUUCGGAUGCCCUUGUAGCAGCUGGUUAUUACAGAGCUCAACUGCAGGGCUUGUCAGCUUUUGAUAAAAUUGUAGGUGGGCUUACUUGGUGCAUUGAGCUAUGUGACAUAGACAUUGAUAUCAAUUUAUUAUUUGAGGAAAAUCUUACAAUUGGUAAAAAAAUAGCACUUACUGAGAAAAUUGUAAAGGUUCUACCUACAAUGAAAUGUCCAUAUAGUAUUGAACCUCACCAAAUUCAAGGUUUGGACUUUAUAAAUAUUUACCCUUUGGUUCAAUGGUUGAUAAAAUAUUCAAGUGAGUUUCGAGAAGCAAAGGAAGAUGAACUUCGCAAAUUUGCAGUUAUGCAAUAUGAGAAGGAUCACAUUUUUGAGUCUGAUAGAGCUAUAUAUCUUCAGAGAGAAAGAUUGUUAAAAAAUCUUUCAAUAAUUCAGGACCUUUAUAAGCCCUGCAGAGUGCGAAAAAGAAAAGGUGGUUUUCCGACAAAUGAACUGGAGCAAGUAAAUACAGUUCUUUCUGAGUAUGACCAGCGAGUUUUGAUGCAUGUCUCAAAUAAUCCUAAUGUUCAACAUGACGAAGAACUUGAAAUAUUGUAUGAUUAUGAGAAAACUCUUGCAGAUCCGUCUGAAGUGACCAUUGAAACUGAAAAAAUAAUUGAGCGACAAAUAUCAGGAGAUACAGAUUCAGCUAAUACAAAAAUGCAUUAUAUAGUAUUGCAAUCUGAACUAAGAGGUGAUAUACCAGCACAACUAGAAGAAAGUGAAAAGAUUAAAUAUUCACAAGAAAUUGAAAAGCUUACCAAUAUUAUAAAUGAGAUGGAAAACGAGGCUGAUGAAAUUAGAAAAAGUCAUGAAAGUAAAAUAAAUGAAGCAAAAAUGCAAUAUGCUGAUGCUGUUGCAAAGUUGAGAAAAUUCACAAGUAAAUGCAUAAAAAUUGAAGAUCACAGUGAUAAAAGUGCAAGAGAGUUCUAUAAGACAUUGAAAGAGUUAGCGAAGGAGAGAAGUGAAUUAUUACAUGUGAUUCAGGAGAAAGAACUUGAGCAUCUGAGUCUUAAAGAAGAAUUGAGGGCUGCUGAAGAGCCAACUGCUGUUGUACUAGAAGACCCAUUAACUUCAGAGGAGCUGAAAGAGUUUUCUGAAAGGGAAGCAAAGUUGAAAAAAUACAUUAAUAGUAUAAGGGUAGAGCUUGGUCAUUUGAAUCGACAAGUCUUAAGGUUUUCUACAGCCAUUGAUGAAGUUCCUGGCUCGGCAGAGUUGUUACAGUAUGAGAAACGUUUCGUUGAGUUAUACAAUCAAGUUGCCUCAAAGCACAAGGAGACCAAACAGUAUUACAUUUUCCAUAACACCCUGCUCGAAGUGAAGCAGUAUACAAUCAAGGAAUUGAGCCUUCUGAACUCUAUUUUGGAUAAUUAUGAUGAGGCAAUGUCAUCCGUACGAAAGCGUGAAGAGUUUAUGAUGCAAUUCGAGUCGAUAGUAGAUUGGGUAAAUCAAACGGUGAGGAAAGUGGAAGAGAAGUAUAAACAGGAGAAAGAACAAAAAGCUUCUCUGCAUCAUGAGUAUUGCAGACUCAUGGAAGUUCAGAGGCAAUAUGCUGCAGCGCUGAAGAAGUUAUCCGAGGAACGGCACCGUAUUGGUCCUGAGCUACUAUAAAUGCGUUUUACAAUUAUAUGUACUUGAUUGAAUUAGGUAUAAAUAUAACAUAUUUCAAACACGGACUAGUAAAAAAAGAAGGACUCCGCGCCGUGAUAUUAGCAAGUCAUCACCUUUAUGCUAGAGUGUGUGCGGUUACGGGGUAUACCAGUUACACAAUUUUUUCUCCCUUAAAUAAUCAUAUAUCCACAAAUACUUUUAUAGUAUUGUUUUUACACUUUUUCACAACGCACGACGGCAUUUUUAAAAUAUUUUAUUGCGACGCAAACUGAUCUGUCACAGACGAUGGCGAAUCUCAUAAUGGCGGCCGAUCGGCUUGUAUAAGUGUAAGUGUAUGCGUGGGGCUAUGUAUUUACACGUUUACCGGCUUGUUUUGGUGCCUCACUGUUAUGUAAGGUGACACGGAGUCCUUCUUUUUUUUCUCGUCCGUGAUUGCAAAAUCAUUUAUGUUAUUUAUCUGAUGUAGGUAUAUAUCUUAAGAACAUGUUGUAAGUACAUGUAUUGCUUACCUUAAUGUAGAAAAAGUUAGCAUCUAAAAUACAGAAAUUCUGUUUGGCAGUUAACAUACUUUUUGUUUAUUUAUCUUUUAAAUAUGAAAGAGUCUCUAGUCUUUCAAAUUGUUAUUUAUCUAAUGAACAAAAACACAAUUUAAUCUGUGUAAAAAUACAUACACAUUUUAAAAUAUAUAUACAUUUAAAUAACAUUCAAAGUACAUAUACAUUUUAAGAACAGGGAAAAACGGAAUAAUUAUUGUAAUUUUGAUAUCAAACUUUGUAUACUUAGUCUGGCAAUAAAUACUGCUACAGUUGAUAAUAAACAAAAUAUUAUAGGUAUUUGAAUUUCGAAUCUGUCAUUUUUAAAUGAUUGUUCAUUGAGUUUUCUCAUUUUCGCGCCAAAACAUUGUACAAUAUUUUGCGAUCUUAAAAUUGAGUGGGGUGAUGAAGAGCACCUAAUCGCUGUGAUUGCAUUACACAAUGGUGGUAUGGAACAAAAUGCAAUUUAUAAAACUAUCAUUUCUUAACUGAUAAUUUAAAAAGAAUAAGGUGGUAAAAUCGAAACAACUAGGUACUAAAGCGGUAUGCAAAGGGAGGGCAUAGAAAAUUUUUGUUUACGGAUGUGAUUUCUUUUACAAUUGAGCAACAUUUUAGCAAACAAAAUAACCGUAUUUAUGCUCAAAGCUCUAAGGAAGCUUCCCAAUUAGUCGACAGAGUGCAACGUGGGCACUAUCCGACUUCAUACUACUACUGAUGGCGUGAAGGAGUGACCGAGCCAUACUUUUGUUAAAAAAGGUAUCAAAACAUUGGCACAAGUGUAUCAAGAUACCAUUCUUAAGGUAGUGAAUCCCCUUAACAACACCAUGUUCAAUAACCAAAAAUGGUGUUUCCAGCAUGACUCGGUGCCGUGUCAUAAAGCUCGGUCUACGCAGUCUUGGUUGGAAAGGAACGUUUCGGAGUUCAUCCGAUCCCGUCCCGAUUUUCAUUCGCUGGAUUAUGAUUUAUGGUCAGUUGGCUUGCUCUAAACGCCAUGAUAAUUUGGGUUCUCUAAAACUCACUCACUGCGAAUUGUACAAUCCGUACGAAGAAUUAUCAUUUAAAAGUGUACAGUUUAUACGUUGUUACGAUUUUUUUAUGUGUAAAGAUGUUGUAAGUUAUUGUAAAAUAUUUCUUUUUAUAUAAAAGUAAACACUUUGAAACAUACCUAUUGAUUUUUCAAUUGUCAAUUUAACUUUUCGAUACGCUACGGUUUAGAUUUAGAUUAUAGAUAUGUAAAAUGUAAUAUUUAUAACUACUUCUAUAUUAUUAUAUUCAAGCUUGGCCUCAUGGUGUGUGAGGAAGAGCUGGCAACGUCGCUUGUUCACAGCUUUGCUUGACGUCGGUGUCUUUUACAAGCUGUUGUUAAAUCUGAUCCCAAUCUGUUGUCAAGCUGGAUAAAAUAAAUAUUAUUUAUAAUAAAGACUGAUACGUGCACUGCGCCUGAUCAUUUCCACUAUGUUUUAGUAGAAAUAAAGCUAUUGUUGUAUAUAAA